AUGCAUCAUUUCGUGAAUUUCCGCUUCCGUGUUCCAUGACAACUAUGUAAACUCAACAUGGCGACUAAACAGAUAUUUUUGCAGAUUUCCUAAAACAGUGCUUAGUACAGAAUGAGUACUGCAGUAGUACCAAGAGAGAUGCAGCUAGCACCCAGCCCUCCUGGGGCCCAAAAGAGUACACCCUCAGAAACCCCCCGGAGUAUUAAAAAGGCAGUAGUGCCCAUUACAAAAGACAGAAAUACUGCUCUAUCUCCACUGAGGACCAGUGACCAGGUGGUGGAUAGAACCAAGCCUCUGCCCACAUCCUUACAGAGUGACUUUGUACCAGAAGAUCUGUUGUUUGCAUUGACACAGCCCCCAGUGCCACAGGAACAGCUUGGACCACCUCCAAGAUUCAGGAAUCUAGAUGUUUCAAAUAAUAAAACAAGAAGGAAGCCAGCCAAUGUAUGGAAUUUUUCCAAAAGAAGAGAUAAAUUUAAGCAUUUGACAGAACAAACACUCUGUUCUUGUGGUGCUGGAAAGGAUAUAUCUUUCCUUUAUGAUGUACCAGAGCCAGAGAAAAAUCCAGAAGAAGGUAAACCAGACCUCUAUGAUGUCAGUGUUGUUAGGAAAGAUGAACUACCAAAGAAAAGCCUUCAGCUUCCUGAUACACUAAUUCCUGAGGAGUAUCAUGUUGUGAAAAACAAGGGAGUUAUGGGACUAGAGUACCACGAUGAUAAAUAUACAACAAAACCAGAAGACCAUGUUCAGCAUCUAGUGAUGUUCCCAUCAAUGAAACCUAGCAGUAGAUAUGAAGUGAUACAACUGAAGAAAACAAUGGAGCAGAUGCUAGACAGGCUGGGCAUUGAUGAUGAUGACAUUGAAGUCAAGGGACCAACACAGAUGCACAAUCUUCUUGAACUUAUUAAAAAGGAGCAAAACAUCUUUAAUAUUGUGUUCCACGAGUUGAUAAGACAGACCAGUGUAGAGUGUGUUGAGAGGGGAGAACUAUUGUCAGAUCUGAGGAAUAAAUACAGUGGAUUGCUCAAUAAAGUGCCAAGGCAAAUAAAAAGUCUACAUGAAGAAGUGUUAGCUCAGAGAGCACUAGAUAGAAGAUUAACAGAGGAGCUCAUGAGAUUUAAAAACACUAUAGGAGUACUUACUGAUGAACUGUCCCAGGUAAAGGAACACGAUAAAAAAGUAACACAGCAGGCACACCAAGCCCAAGAAGAACUAAAGAAUGCCCUGGUAGACUCAGAGAAAAGUGCCAGUCUUCUAGCAGAGUACCAUGACCUGUAUGAGCUCCAGAGAAUUAGACUGGAGAAACUGGUUACCAUGCUCUCAGAGGAGAAAGAAUUGUGGAGCACUGCAGCAUACAGCUUGGCACUCAAGGUUACAGAAGAACACUCCCUGAACACAGCAAAGAGGCUUCACAUCAGUGAAAAAGCCUGGGCAAAGCUAGCCAAUCACUUCACCAUUCUUCUAAGUGACAAAGAUACAGAGGGUAUCACAGCACUCACAGAGUGUGUAGAGGGGUGGAGAGAAAUUACUGAGAACUUUAAUAACGAGAUACGAAGAAGAGAAGAUGAGAUGAAAACAAAGUUGUUGAGUGUAAAAGAAGGACUGACACAUUGGAUACAGGUGUUCAUAAAAAUAGCACUGAACAAGGAUGGACAAUUCACCAAGCCACCAGAUGCAGCUGCUACUCAAGAAUUAUAUGGCUUCAUCAAAGGCUGGGAAGAGAUUUUGUCACGAGAGAUGGAGAAAUUUGGUGGUGACCUGUUGCUUACAAUGGAAGACAUGCUGAGGAAGAUGAAGAAACAGAUGGAGUCUUGGACAGAGACAGCCAUGAAAAUCUUCAGUCGUCACAGAAAUGAGGACAACAAGGAGCACCAUGAAUAUGGUCCUAUGAUAAAGAUGAAUGAGAUGCAUGUGUUAUUUGAUGAAAUUGAUGAGCUAAUCAAGCAAUUUAGUGUCCGACUCACUGGAGAGAAUGGUACUGCAAGGGUUCUUAUCAACCUAAACAACAAUCUGGAACUCUGGGACAACAAAAUCAACACCAUGCUCCACGGUGGUGCACAGCUGAAGGAUCAGGAUUGGCUGACCUUUUAUUCUUUGCUGGAUGAGUGGAUCCUCUUUAUUGAUGAUGGUGUGCUGCUCAUAGGUGAAACACAGAAUGAAGAAGCAAAGGCAGCUAAGAAAGAACAUAGGAGAGUUGAGGUUGCCAGUGUAUUCAAAGAAGUACAGAAAUGGUUGACAUCAGCAGUAAACAGCAUAGAAAGUGAAGAUGCCAAACUUGUUGAAGAGGUGAAUACCCUGCACACAGAGAUGGUGAAGUGGAUGGUACAAAUCCUGCUGCGGCUGGCUCCAGAGAAGGAGGGCAGCUCUACUGAGGCCAGCCAGGCUGCUCUACUGGGGAGUGUGCCAGUAUCUCAGAUCAAAUCUUGUGCCAAGACCAUGUGUGAGAGGCUGGACAUGUUCUCUAGAUACGUCACACAGUGCUGUUUGGAUAUAGUUGCCACUAGUGUACAGAAGAAGAUGGAUGCCAUGGAGGAUAAUGCUGACAUGGAGAUGAGAGACCUCAGAAAGCUCAAGUCUGAAUGUGAUGAGUGGAUCCAAACAGCCUCCUUGCUGGUUGCAGAGCUGACUGGGGAAAGUUUGGAUUAUGUUCCCAAGUCAACCCCUGCUCUUUCUCUGACCCCUCUCUCUGCCACCCCUGCUCCCACUGCCACCCCUGCCCCCACUGUUAACACACUGCCAGGGGAACAGACCCCUGCACCAAAGACCCCCCAGUCCUACCAUGAUAAGGAGAAGCUUGAAGUCCCACCUGGUACUCCAGGGACCGUGUCAACACCUGAACAACUAGCAAACCCUCAGGGACAGACCCCAGAAACACUGCUUGAAACUCAGGCAGCUGAAGAUAUAUUGCCAGAAACCUCCCAACCUCAAGAGCCACAGACUGAGGCUCCUGUACCAUUAAGUGUGCCUGCAGAACUGAGCACUGGCACUGCAGAGGGCACCACAGGAGGGGCCGAGGAAGGAGGGGCAGAUGGAGGAGAAAAUGCAGAGGGAGAGCAGGAGACUACACCAGCUGAAGGAGACCUAGAGAAGAAAGAAAAACAUGUCACUAUACAGGAGCCUGCAUCUUUAACUCUCGAGAUAAUUGGCUUUGAUGAAAACACCCAUGUGAAACCACUGCAUCAGGAGACGCACAGGAAGCCCAUGGAUGCUGAAGGACACUCACGCCCAGACACACCCAAUACAAAGAAAGCAUUUGAAGCCCUGGCAGCAGUGGACACAUUACAGCAACAGCUGUUUGAAACAGAAGAGAGAGCCCAGGCUGCUGAAGACAGAGCAGUUAGAGCUGAAGAGGACCUGGUAAAGACCCAGGAGUCUCUGAGAGCUUUACAGCGUAAAGUGGCUGAGCUAACUUUACAGAUUGAGGGUGAGUCUGCUUCUUCAGCCCAGCAACCACAAUCAGGUGCUGCUGCCACAGCUCAACAAACUCAGUCUGACACUGGCCCUCCUGCCCAGCCAGCCCAGAGUACAGCAGCAGCUGUGGUCACUUUACCAGCGCCAUCUGCUGGAGCAUCCCAGUCUCAAGGAGCACAAUCAGAACAGGAAACAACUAAGCCAUCCACCCCAGUCAAAGAAAAAUCAGAAGCAAGAGACAAGCCACCAUCAAAACCAUCCACGCCUGCCCCAGAGAAGAAGUCAGAGUCCCGCCCUUCAUCCAGAGCCAGCUCCAGAGGCUCCAUAAAACAUAAAAAGAAAUAAUCUAACCAGAGAUUAAAUUGGACAUAAACAACUUUUCACAACACGGAAUAUGCUGUUGAGGCUUUGGAUCAUAUUUAUUGAAAUGAUGUAUAGACUGAUUAUUUCUAAAUUUAUUAAAAUAGAUUUGAUAUUGUACACCAGACCACAGCCAGUAGAGGUACAUUUACGUGCUGGGCCAGUAUUGUAACAGCAGUUUACCAGCAUUUUUUUACUUCCUAACUGAGGUAAACUAGUACAAACAUCAACUGAAACAUCAACAGACAAAAGAAAUUUAUUAAAAUUGUUCUGUUAACAAACCGGCAUAAAUGAUAAAGAUGAAGGCAAGAUUACUGCUCUUUUUUAUCCAUUUGCAGGGAUCAAGAUUUUCAGGUCUCUAAAAUAUAGAUUUAUGUAUAAAAUUAUAUCUUUUCCGGUCUGGAAAUGACAGCCUGAUUAUGCAUUCAGCUUCUGCCAAUUCUGGGAACUUUACUGGACUAUGCAUGCCAAGUUUUUUUGCUGCUUUUGAAAAUGGUAUUUACUUCUUAAUGUUGUAAAAAUUAUGUUUCUGACAUUUUUACUGUACAGAGAACCAAGCAAAAUUAUACAUGUGUACAUUAUGUAAAUAAAUAUAUAUCUACUGUUUUU